AUGCUGUCCGCCGAGGAUGCUGGACACUCUUCUCGUCCACCACCUCCUCCGAUCCCCCCAUCGCCGACCCUAUCGAAUCCCGAUAUGAUCUUACCUUUCGACCCCAACGAGCGCGAGUCCUCCACCCCGUCCCCGCCAUUCAACCUCCCCUCUUUGUCCAAUCUUCAGUCCUUCUACGAGAACCGGACGGCACCCGAUGAUUUUGAGGACCAGGCUCGAGGCGUCGGUUCCGCCGGUAUUGCUCUCUCAUACGGCAGUCGGCCUCAGAAAACGGGAUUCUCGCGUCGCAUGUGGCCAAAUGAAGUUCAGGAUCCUAGUCGUCGGUUGUCGGACAUCGGGGAGGAAGAUAGUGUCUCGUCGUCGCCGGCGCACAUGAGAACACUCCCAUUUCUGUCUCAGGCGGGUCGGAUGACGGGUUCGCCUGUUUCGCAACGCGAGACGGCUGAGGCGGAGGCUAGGGAAAUGGCGGCGUGGAGCAGCUCGUCUAGCUCGACAAUUAGUGGUGCUAGCGACUCGUCGCAGGAUGCCGCUAAGGACCGCCAGAAAAGUCGCGGUACGGUGCAAAAUCCUCACCAAGUCCCUGAAGGUGUACGUUCUGCGAUUGACAGUCUGGAAGGAAAUGGUUCGACUCCAAGUCUAAUGGCGACCACGGAGAAAGGCGGAUCUGGGGUGGAGCUGUCGUCGGCUGUUUUGAGCACCGAGGCGGAGAGAAUUCUGGAGAAUGCGAAGAAGCGCCUCACGCUCAUGGAGGGCAAUCUAAGCCGAGCCCGUACGUCAAUGCGCGCGUCCCCGUCGCUGUCGGCAUCACCCACGCCAUCCGUGGGUCACCAACCCCUGGGACUGGGUCAGCCAGUUGGUGGCUUGUACCAAUCCAUCUCCCGGGCCGACCGCAGAGGCUCAGCUAAUCGAUCACGCGCAACCUAUACAUCGUCCCAGGAUGCGAUCAAUAACAACGGUCAUUCCCGUGUUCACAGCGAAACCAACCUACCUUCUGCGGCGCAAUCGAGUUUGCCCGCCGUUGAGCGCAAUCUCUCCCGGUCGGUGAGCGCUCUCGGCUCGACCACGGCCCCUAACCCUCAUCAUGACGAGCGAAGCUUCCGGUAUGAUCCAACGCGUGCGUAUCUCACCCAUCGUGCGUCCGUAUCAUCGAUGCAGAGGCCACAAAUCCGUUCCUCGCCCCCAGUGUCCAAUCCGCGAGCCGCCUCUGAUUCACCGAAAGGGUUGGGCAUUUCCGAGGAAGCAAUCGAGGACGAGUCUUCCGAGACUAUAAACGGACCCAAUUCGGUCCAGCCAACUUACGACCCUCCCUCUCGAUCUCAGUCUCAGCUGCAGGUGCGGGAUCUCCAAGAUCAGAUGAAGGGCCUUCAUAUCAAGAUAUCUAGCCUAAAGGUCAGAGCCCAGGAGGAUAAUCUGCGUCGACGCAGCAUGCAAAGUUUGCGGACUCCGAGCCCUCUUUCCGCAGCGGACCAAUGGGCACCCAGUGCAGCGGAGGUGAAAGAACGUCGGACCAAUGCUAACCCUAGUACUGGGAACGGGCGGGCUGCUGGUUAUGUCCAAGAUAGCCAGCACCGCAGUGACUAUGGAAGUGCAAGAUAUGAGCCCGAGGCUGGUGUCUCCCGUCAGACAAGUCUGAAAAAACGAGAUCCGCCUUUUACUCAGGCAUCACAUGCCGACCCGACCUAUGGGGCCUACGAGUCUAGGGAGGACGACGAUGAUGGACAAUCUGUGGCUGGAACGCUCUAUGAGGACGCGGAAGAGGGUGAAUAUUACAUAAAUGGCGCCGAUGACGCAUUGGACCGCCGGGCAUUGAACGAGAUUUUGCGCGAGCCCCUGGAUGAUGAGUUUGAUGAUUCGUUGGAGGCUUUCCCAGCGGCUCCACAAAGUUUGGAGGAUACACCGCACGAGGAGCGAGAGGACGCUUUCGACUACGAGCAUUUCAUCCUACAUAGUGCUCUGGGCAACUACACGCAGGCUCGCUUGCGACGUGAGAGCAACGUUUCAACAUCGUCAGUCGAAACGACGCGACCGAUCGACCACCGUUCCGCGCGCCAUUCUCGCGCAAACAGUACCACCUCCCUGUCCACCGUGGCGUCGUUUGCUACGGCUACUGAAGGGGAUCGCGAUGAUCUUGAGAGUGUCCUGUAUUGGGACCGGAAGUUCAAUGAUGAACUGCGCAACAACCAUCCCUCAGAUGUGGAUGACUCCAAUGGCACUGAUUAUGCGGACGCCGAAGGAACCCCCCGGGCCAUUCGCAGACAGCCCAGUCGCCGGGACAAAUCUAGCCUUUAUCCUGAGGCUACCUUUCCUCCGCGAAGGUCAGAUUCUGCAACCACCGGAUCUACCACGCCGACAUCCUUGGUGUCAUCUCUCGUGUCCACCGUGCGCGCAGCAUCCAGUCCUCACCCGAGUGCCACUGCGAAGGGGAACAUGGGCUUGAACGAUGAUGACACUCAUCUCUUAGAGCGGCUGUUCCAGAGUCUGGGCAAUGUUUGCUUGGAGCUGCAGAACAUCACGACGUCCGAGAACCCGGACCCGAAACAAGUGCGAUUACUGAGACGGCGUCUGGAUGCGGCGCGACGCGUCUUAGAUGGAGAGCUUGAUACGUAG